AUGGCAGCCGAAGUUGCGGCUCGGAAAUGUAUGGGGGUGGACUGCGAAAACAAUGCCGGAACUUUGCAGUGCCCGACAUGCCUCAAGAUGGGCACUGAUAGCUUCUUCUGCUCGCAGGAUUGUUUCAAGCGGAGUUGGAGUGAGCACAAGACCAUCCAUAAGAAGAGUAAUAUCCUGUCCAACCUCUUCCCUCCAAAGGUAGUUUCUGAACCAGAUCCAGCCACGGGACAUUUCAACCCUUUCCCUUCGUUCCAGUUUACGGGACCCCUCCGACCUGUCUAUCCUCUGUCUCCUAUGCGAACGAUCCCCAAAUCCAUUCCUCAUCCCGACUACGCCAAGGAUGGUAUCCCUCGAUCAGAGCAGAAGUUCGUCGGCCGCCACAACAUCACCAUCCUGAAUAAGGAAGAGCAAGAAGGCAUGCGAAAAGUCUGCCGCUUGGCGCGUGAGGUGCUGGAUAUCGCUGCUCGCGAAGUUCGUCCUGGCGUUACCACUGAUCACAUCGACGAGGUUGUGCAUAAAGCAUGCAUUGAGCGCAAUUCCUACCCAUCGCCGUUGAACUACAUGCAUUUCCCCAAAUCCGUAUGCACGUCAAUCAAUGAGACCAUCUGCCACGGAAUCCCCGACCAGCGGCCUCUCGAGGAUGGCGACAUCGUCAACAUCGACGUUACAUUGUAUCACAACGGGUUCCACGGCGAUCUUAACGAAACUUACUACGUCGGCGACAAGGCACGCGCGAACCCCGACGCGGUUCGGGUUGUAGAAACCUCUCGAGAAUGUCUUGAGAAAUCAAUUGCGCUAGUCAAGCCAGGAAUGCUUUUCAGAGAACCCGGCAAUGUGAUUGACAACUAUGCCAAGAGCCGGGGUUGUAGUACGGUUAAGAGCUAUUGUGGACAUGGUAUCAACCAGCUGUUCCACUGUGCACCCAAUGUUCCUCACUACGCCAAGAACAAGGCUGUCGGAACGGCGAAGCCUGGCAUGUGCUUCACCAUCGAGCCUAUGAUCAACCUUGGCACUCACCGUGAUCGGACUUGGCCUGACGACUGGACCAGCACCACGGCGGAUGGUGCUUUGUCUGCACAGUUUGAGCACACAUUGCUCGUCACGGAAGACGGCGUGGAGGUUCUGACUGCUCGUCUGCCCGAUUCACCUGGGGGCCCCAUUCCCAUGCCGGUCGCUGAGGAAGCUAAGCCAAGUGAAAACUGA